AUGAUCCUCUUCCUCCUCCUGAAUGUCUGCCUGACCGUCCCCCUCCUCGCGGCAAUCAUGUCCAUCAACUCAUCAUUCGCAAGCACCUUUUCCCCCCUAGCUCAUCCAUCCAGCAGGCAGCGAGCCAGCCCUCUUUCCGCCUAUGACGCUCAGACAUCCAUAUGCCACGUCAUCCACCUCUACUUCCGCCCCGAUACUGCUCCAUCCGAGUGCACCCUCUCUGCUGCCGCUCCUCCCCCAGCCACACUACACCCUGCAGCCAUUUUCCGUUUCUCCGUUCCCUCGCCAGCAUCUGUUGCUCUCCAUUCCCUUAGCUUCCAAUUCCCUUCCGAGGCCGCCGUCCGUAGUCUCCCCGUAGUCUACUCUCAGGCUUCAAAAAUGGCGGCCCUCGCUACCAAGCUUGCGCUCACAAGCUCCCCAUGCCUCUCAUCAGUGUCCCUCCAACGGGGAUCCGCCCUCCCCGUCGUGUCGGUCGCGCCUGUCAGGAAGACCCGCGCUGCUGCCGGUCGCGUCGUGGCCUCCGCCGCGACCACCGAUAUCGAGGAGCUCGUGUCGCAGAUUAAGAACCUCACGCUUAUCCAGGCCAGGACUCUCACUGACAGGCUGCAGGAGGAGCUCGGCGUGUCUGCCGCUGCCAUGAUGCCUGUCGCCGGCAUUGCCGCUCCCGCCGCCGGCGAGGCCGCUGCCGUGGUUGAGGAGCAGACUGAGUUCGAUCUGCUUCUGGAGGAGGUCCCGGCUUCGUCGCGUAUCGCCGUGAUCAAGGUCGUGCGCGCGAUCACCGGCCUUGGCUUGAAGGAGGCCAAGGACAUGAUUGAGGGUCUUCCUAAGAAGGUUAAGGAGGCUGUUGCUAAGGAGGAUGCGGAGGAUGCCAAGAAGCAACUGGAGGGUGCCGGUGCCAAGUGCAGCAUCAAGUAA